GUAUUUCUUACAUAAACGGCCAAAAAGUUUCAGAAAAAUAGAAACGGCGUAGGAAGCUACUAUGACGGCGAUUCCAAAUGUUGUCGAUAUUGAAUCUUCGUCUUCGCUUUGUCAAGAGAUGGUGUCUCCGUCAGUUGUUGAGACUACGAAGCUAGACCACGUCGUUUCACUAAUCAAGGAAGAGGAAGAUGACGUCGUUUCACUUGGUUUUUGGAAAUUGCACGAGAUAGGUUUAAUUACACCGUUCUUGAGAAAGACGUUUGAGAUCGUUGAGGACACAGUAACAGACCCGGUUGUAUCAUGGAGCCUGACCCGUAAAAGCUUUAUCAUUUGGGAUUCUUACGACUUCUCAGAGAAUCUUCUUCCUAAAUACUUCAAGCACAAGAACUUCUCCAGUUUCCUCCGUCAGCUUAACUCUUACGUUGAUUCAGAUAGAUGGGAAUUUGCUAACGAAGGGUUUCAAGGAGGGAAGAAACAUUUGCUUAAGAACAUAAAGAGGAGAAGCAAAAGUACAAGAUGUAACAAGGAAGCGAGCACCACCACAGAGACAGAGGUUGAGUUAUUGAAGGAGGAACAGAGUCCAAUGAGAUUGGAGAUGUUGAAGUUGAAACAACAACAGGAAGAAUCUCAACAUAAGAUGGUCACUGUGCAGGAGAAGAUCCACGGAGUUGAAUCCGAACAACAACAUAUGCUUAGUUUCUUUGCAAAGUUGGUUAAAGAUCAAAGAUUUGUGGAGAGACUGUUGAAAAAGAGGAAGAUGAAACAACAGAGAGAGCUCCAAGCAGCUGAAUUCGUGAAGAAGCUCAAGUUGCUUCAGGAUCAAGAAACUCAAAAGAACUUGCUAGAUGUAGAAAACCAUCUGGUCAUUAGAGAAUUUAUGGCCAUGGCUGCAACACAACACAAUCCCGAGUUGAGGAACAAUGAAAGCGGGAAUAGGAGAUGUCAGCUUAACACAGAGGACCUACUUGUUGAUGGUGAAGCCAUGGAAGAGAAGAAGAAGCUUGAAGAGUUAAAGUAUCAAUCAGGUUUUGGUAACCACUUCUCGUCGGAAGCAAUCGCCGGAGCUCUACCGUUAGAUCAGAACAGUCCUCUUCUUUGUCCUUACGGUCUUUACGCCGAGCAGAUCUCCGGUACUUCUUUCACUUCUCCUCGCAAGCUCAAUCAAAGAAGUUGGUUGUACCGGAUUAAACCAUCGGUUACACAGAACCGUUCAAGCCUCGUGUACCAGCUCAUAAGAAGCUUCUCGUUUCUUCGCCAUGGAUUCGCUAUUCACAUGUAUGUGGCUAACAAAGGAAUGAAAGACUCUGCAUUUUGCAACGCUGAUGGUGACUUCUUGUUAGUUCCUCAAACAGGAAGGCUAUGGAUUGAAACUGAGUGUGGAAGGCUUUUGGUAUCUCCUGGUGAGAUUGCUCUUCCUGAUCUUGGACCAAUAGGUGCCAAUGGUCUUGCUGCACCAAGAGAUUUUCUUGCACCAACCGCGUGGUUUGAGGAAGGAUUGCGGCCUGAAUACACAAUUGUUCAGAAGUUUGGCGGUGAACUUUUUACUGCUAAACAAGAUUUCUCUCCAUUCAAUGUGGUUGCAUGGCAUGGCAAUUACGUGCCUUAUAAGUAUGACCUGCAGAAGUUCUGUCCAUACAACACUGUCCUUUUAGAUCAUGGAGAUCCAUCUAUAAAUACAGUUCUUACAGCACCAACGGAUAAACCUGGUGUGGCCUUGCUUGAUUUUGUCAUAUUCCCUCCUCGAUGGUUGGUUGCUGAGCAUACUUUUGACCUCCUUACUACAUCGUAACUGCAUGAGUGAAUUUAUGGGCUUAAUCUACGGUGCAUACGAGGCCAAAGCUGAUGGAUUUCUCCCUGGCGGUGCAAGUCUUCACAGUUGUAUGACACCUCAUGGUCCAGAUACUACCACAUACGAGGCGACAAUAGCUCGAGUAAAUGCAAUGGCUCCUU